GUGGUUUAUUUUCAUAUCUAUGAAUCAAUAAACAAGGACAAAGAAAUUUUUGGUGGUUUAAUAUUUUUUAUAUUAUUUCGGUAUUUUUCUAAAUUAUCAGUUCUGGUGCACGAUUUCUACAGCGAGAGCAGUAUUUUUGUGAUUUAAAAUUAGAAGAAAGAAAAGUUUGCAUAAAGGAAGCUCCUUGCGGCGACACCAUGGAGGGCGGCCCCGACGACUACAUGACGCUGGUGCGGGAUGCGCUCAUGGUGCCCAUCUCCAGCGACCAGCACCAGGCCGGCCGCACCAAGGUGUCCGUGGUGGGCUGCGGGCAGGUCGGCAGCAGCAUCGCCUUCACGCUCAUGGCCAAGAACGUGUGCACGGACGUGGCGCUGCUGGACGUGGACGCGGCCAGGCUGGGCGCAGAGCAGAUGGACCUCUCGCACGCCUCCGUGUUCUGCAAGUCGCGGGUGCUGUCCUCCACGGACCCGGCGGUGACGGCCGGCUCCAAAGUGAUCGUGGUGACGGCCGGGGCGCGCCAGGCGCCGGGCGAGAGUCGCCGGGACCUCAUCGACAAGAACGUGGGCAUCUUCAAGAAGCUGAUCCCACCGCUGGUGCAGAACAGCCCCGACUGCAUCCUGCUCAUAGUCACCAACCCGGCUGACGCGAUGGCAUACGUGGCGUGGCGGCUGAGCGGGCUCCCGUCCAGCCGCGUGAUCGGCAGCGGCACCCUGCUGGACUCGAUGCGCCUGCGCUCGCGCAUCGCGCAGCAGCUGUGCGUGCACCCGCGCAGCGUGUACGCCUGGGUGUGCGGCGAGCACGGCGACUCGCAGUUCCCGGUGUGGUCGGGGGCGCACGUGAAUGGCGUCCGGCUGCGGACCCUGGACACCUGCGUGGGGCUGCGCGACGACGCGUGGGGUCACAUGGCGGAGGAGAUAGCAGCCAGCGCCGCCAAGAUGAUCGAAGGCAAAGGCUUCACGUCGUGGGGCAUCGCGAUGAGCACUACCGCCAUCUGCAGGGCGAUCCUGCUCAACACCAAAGAGAUCAUGCCCGUGUCCGCGUACAUCCAGGGCUGCAAGCACGGCGACAACAAGAAGGUGUACAUCUCGGUGCCGUGCGUGAUGGCCGACUGCGGCGUGCACAGCAUCGUGAAGCAGAAGCUGUCGGACCUGGAGCGCGCCAAGCUCGCGCAGUCGGCCGAGAUCAUCUACCAGAUGCAGCAGGACGCCGACGCCUCGCUCCCGCCGCAGUGAGCGGGCGCUCCCAGACACUGCUGGGAGCCCACUGAGUUGGCAUUCCUCCAUGGUGUCGUCGCAUGUAACAUGAUCACCGACCCCUCGCCCAACCAAUAAACUAAUCUUUUUGGAACUCCUUA